ACACACACACACACACACACACACACACACAAGGAGAUCUGUGUUUUUGGGAAGCAGAGAAACGUUCUGCAGUUUGGAUCCGAGUCGUCCCUACGACCAGUGAGGACAUCAUGGUGACCACUGAGACCCACCAGAGCCAGGACCUCCUGGUGCCCCCUCUGAACCAGGACCAGCAGGACCAGCAAGACCAGCAGGACCAUCAGCAGGACCAUCAGCAGGACCAGGUUUCUCCCUUAUCUGCCCUGGUGGGCUUUGAUCCAGAGACCAUAAGCCAGGGUCCUGUUAACGCCAUUACGGUCCUCACUCUGCUGGACAAGCUGGUCAACAUGCUGGACGCGGUGCAGGAGAACCAGAACAAGAUGGAGGUGCAUCAGGUGGAGAUGGAGGGCGUGGUGAGAGGAAUCCAGGCCGAUAUGACCAAACUGUCCAAGAGCCACAGUCACACCUCCAACACCGUUAGCAAGCUGCUGGACAAGAGCCGCAAGCUCUCCGUCACCAUGAAGGAGGUCCGUGAUAAGAUGGAGCGUCAGGGUGUACAGGUGAAGAAGCUGGAGAUGAACCACCAUCACCUCAUCAGCAGGAACAACUUCAAAGUUCUCAUCUUCCAAGAGGAGAACGAGAUCCCCUCCAGUGUCUUUGUGAAAGAUCCUCCUCCGUUCCCUCGUGAUGAGAUUUUGGAAGAAGGUGAUGAAUCAAUCACGGGUGUCACCGACGGCAACUAUUCCCAAGAGGGCGGGCUUCACACCAUCGACCUAUCGUCUGACGAGGACGUAGGGCUGGAGGCAGAGCAAGAGGAGGAGGAGGAGAUGUGGCCUCAUGAUCUGGAGAACAUGGAAAAGUCCAGAGCAGAGAAACUGAAGCAUUCCAGUCUAAAGAAGGUGGACAGUCUGAAGAAGGCGUUCUCCAGGCAGAACAUUGAGAAGAAGAUGACAAAGAUCGGGACUAAGAUUGUUUCCCAAGAACAACGGGAGAAGAUAAAGAAAAAAACCUCCAGUCUGAAGGUUUCCCCUCUGACCUUCAACAUCAGGAAGCCUCGGAGCAGCUCCAACAUUCAACCCCCCGAUGCUAGCCCCCAGGUCGAGGACUCGGUGAUCGUGGAGGCCGACAUUCAGCUAUCUCCAUUGGGCAGUGCCGACCCGGAAUUCAGCAAGGUCCACGCCCAGCUGGCUCCAGACGAGCCGGUGAAGGAUGACGAGGAGAAUGAGGAAGAGCAGGAGGAAAACAGGGAGAAGCAGGAGAACCAAGAGGAGAUGGUGGAGGAGAAAGAGGAGGACCAAGAGGAGAUGGUGGAGGAGAAGGAGGAGGAACAAGAGGAGAAAGGGAAGGGAGGUGUGGAGGCGGAUCUGUCAGUGGUUUCAGAGGGAGUGAUUUAGGGGUAUGCUUUGUGCUCCAUGCUGCCUCAACAGGAGGAGGAAGAAACAUAACUAUCUGACUGUAAAGAAACAGUUCAACAUUUAGUGAAGACCUUCAGAUCAAUAGUUUAGUAUUAGUCACGUCAACAAUGUUCAGUCUACUUAACAGUAAAGACUAAAUGUAACUUGCUUAGCAUAAAGACUAUGAGCAACUGGCUUAGCACAAAUACUGGGAAUUGCUAGUUUAGGAUUAAGACUGAGUUUUGCAUAAAGACCGGGAAUAGCUAGCUUACCUUUGUCAGAGAGAAAGAGAAGAAGAGUUCAGUAAAUGUUGAACUGUGGCUUUAAAAUCGUAUUAAUGGGACUACAUUUUAACUAUUGAUUUCUACAUUUAGGUUUAGAAUGAAGUCAGAGAAUUUUUAACAUUUUAUUCUUCAACUGAUUUGAAUGAGUAACAAUAAUAUAACAAUAAUUAUGUAAUGUAUUACUUAUAUAAAACACCCAGACUAACAAUCAGUCAUCAAUAUAGUUAUCUUACACACAUUAGCACGCAAAACCUCAGGAUCUUUGAGAAAUCUGAUGUUCCUCUGUUCUUUGACAUGUAACGUUAUUCUUAUGCUUUGAGGUUCCUCUAAGGUUCUACUGCUGUUUUCCCUUUUUCUCAAAGUUCAUCAAAAGGUUGCCCAAACAUCUCAUAAAGGAUUUUUCUUUCACUAAAAGUACCUCCAACAUUCGGAUGUUCCCUUUAAACAGAGUUUCCUUUAGGGUUAUAUAAGUUUAUACUUAUAGAAGUUAAAUUAUAAAUAUACAAUUUAAUACUGUGUUAAAAAAAGACUCCUGUUUUUUUCACAUUGUUGUCAUCAGUUUUUAAGUCUUAGUCGUUGUUGUUUUUGUUGUACUUAUAUAUAUGAGCUUUGCUGCCAAAAACCUUUUCUCUUUCAACAGUAUUGUAAGAAUUACCUGAACUUUUAUAAUCAAUAAAAUCUGUGUAACCACUGUC